CAGGCUGCGGCUCCCGGCGUGCAGCUUGGUGGCGGCUGAGCCGGCAGCGGGCCGCCUCAGGCAGCCCCGGCCGGGCCGCCCGGGUCCCCGGCAGCGGGGUAGGAUGGCGCUAAAGCGGAUCCAGAAGGAAUUAACCGACUUGCAGAGGGAUCCUCCUGCCCAGUGUUCUGCAGGACCUGUCGGUGAUGACUUGUUCCACUGGCAGGCCACCAUCAUGGGCCCGAAUGACAGUCCUUACCAAGGAGGUGUUUUCUUCCUGACCAUCCACUUUCCUACAGAUUACCCGUUCAAGCCCCCAAAGGUUGCUUUCACAACCAAAAUUUAUCACCCUAAUAUCAACAGCAAUGGCAGCAUCUGCCUCGAUAUCCUGCGGUCUCAGUGGUCUCCAGCGUUGACUGUGUCAAAAGUUCUCUUGUCCAUCUGCUCACUGCUCUGCGACCCCAACCCCGAUGACCCCCUGGUGCCAGAGAUAGCCCACACCUACAAGGCCGACAGAGAGAAGUACAACAGACUAGCAAGAGAGUGGACACAAAAAUAUGCUAUGUAAGUGCCUUGGAGGUUUUACAUGAGACACUGUCCAAGAGAAGCUGGCAGAGAGGUCUUCCCUUAAAACUUUGGGCUGUUGGCUGAGCCAUUCAAAGAGUAUCAUCUGUUCUUCAAACAAAUGUUGGUCACCCACUCUCUCCAGCUGCAGCAUGUUGGUGCCAUUUUCAGCAAUUGUGGCUUUGACAGUGCCACCUCUUUGAUGCCAAAUCAGCAACCACUGUUGUUAUGAUCUGCAGUCUUCCUGGUGACACUGGAAUCUCUCUCUCUGCCGCCUCAGUUUGUCUGCUGGUCUCUUGGGGGGCCAGGCCCUGCACGUCUCUCCUACCCGGCCUCAAAUGGUGCUGCUGCCCAUGAUGGUACCACACCAGGGCCUCAGCCUGGCCCCUCACCACAUACCCUUUGCCUUUUAGAACUCAGUGCCAUCCUGGGUGCCCAGGGAAGAGCAGGCUUUGUUCGCACCUCAUCUGCUGCAGAACCACAUCCUGAGGAGUCUCAGCUUAUCCUGGAGGGAAUUGGGAACAGUGUCACUGGGAAGUGAAGGCCUAGACCUGCGGCUUCCACCAGUCUCCUCCUGCAGUGCCACGUGCUGGCAUUUCUCGCCUCACACCAAGAAGCAGCAAGUGGAAAAUUUCAGGAUACAAAGCACAUAACACCCCAUAAGAGAUGAUUAUGUUUUUAGAAGCAAGAGCAAAAUUAUGAAACCUCUAGAGAUUUGGGUCAUGUUACUCCAUUUGAUGAGGAUUCUCACUACCGCCCGCUCCUCCCAUAGGAGCCUACACUAAGUCCAAGUGUGAGCCAUUCACAGACUAGAACACAAGGAGGGAGAGAGACUCUUAAAUGUAAAUAAAAAUGCAAUUCACUCACAACUCUAAAUGAUAA